AUGAAUUCAGAGUACUAUGGAACUCCCUCUCAAAAUGGGUACAGCGCCUCUGGGCCUACGCCUCCCCAGGGCCCUCCCCAAGGGUAUCAGCAAUCAUUUCCACAACAUUACGCAGAGCCUUAUCUUCAGUCUCAAUACUCCCAGUCUUACAACGAGCAGCAGGAAAAGACCGCCCUUGGUGAGGCCCAGGAUGGUGAGCGUGGUCUUUCCGGUGCUAUUGCCGGUGGUGCUGUUGGUGGUUUCGCUGGCCACAAGGUUGAUCACGGCUUCCUCGGAACUAUCGGUGGUGCCAUUGCCGGUUCAAUUGCUCAAGACGCCUUAAAAAAGCACCAGCAUGAGGGUGAACAGAACCUUCCUCCCCAGGGCGGUCCCUACCCGCAGCAAUUCCCUCAGCAGCCAUAUUCGCAAGCGGGUCCAUAUCAACAAUAUUCCCCGCAAGGUCCAUAUGCACGGGGCCAAUUCUACCCACUGAAUCAGCUGCAUCACAAUAGAAAGUCUGUGAUGAAAAGACAGGAGGAGGUUGAAGAGCUUCAGGAUAAGAUCAACCGCGUUUCCCAACACAUGCAGCAGGGCCCCUCUCAUCAUAAGAUGGAGGAUCUACGAAAAGACAUGGAAGACUUGCAGAGGGAUCUGAGGAAGGCUCAAGAGGACUAUCAGAAAGAGUUGGACAAGGCGCUAGACGACGAUGCUAAGAAGGGACGACACUAA